CCCCACUUCCUACGGCCUGCGGGCCGGGGCAGCCGGCAGGCUUGGACUCCACGAGGCCCACUGCGGCUCGACCUGCUGCCCUGCCAUACCCAGCCGGCCCUCGCCGCGUUCGCGCACCACGUCUCCCCCCGCCCCCCACCAGCACGCCUGCCUUGCUCGCGAGGCCAUGCCAUGACGGCGCCACGACGGCGCACCGACCUCUCCUCGCUCUCUCCCCUGCUCCCCCGCCUCAGCUCCGCGGCCUCCAAUCUCCUCGAGAUGAGGCAGUACGGUUCGAGAAGGGAAGGCGACGGCGACGGUGGCCUGAGGAACGGUCGGUCCAGAUCCGCGUCAAGGCCAGGAUUCAUCGAUACUUCAUCGUGGAGAUUUUUUGACGCGAGAGCUGUCGGAAUCCCCACGGGUUCUAUACCUCGCAAUUGUUGGACUGUUCUACAGAUGCUGAAACGAAAAGGGUUUGAAGCUUAUCUUGUCGGGGGAUGUGUGAGAGAUCUGCUACUUAAAAGGGCACCUAAAGAUUUUGAUGUGAUCACUACCGCAAGUCUCAAACAGAUCAAAAAACUAGUUUUCAAACGCUGUAUGAUCAUUGGCAGACGCUUUCCAAUAUGCCAGGUUAAGAUGCACGGCUCAACAUUUGAGGUUUCAAGCUUCAGCACGAAUGGUACUCAAGUGAAAGGAAGUGAAAACGUAAACUUUUCAGAAGAGUUAGAUGGGUAUGAUGAGGGGGAUAUUAUUCGCUGGAAGAAUUCUAUGAAAAGAGACUUUACAAUAAACAGCCUAUUCUUUAACCCCUUUAAUUACAGAGUUUAUGAUUAUGUGAAUGGAGUAAACGAUGUAAGAAAAAAUAAGGUGUGUGCAGUGAUUCCUGCCCAUGUUUCUUUCGAGGAGGACCCUGCCAGGAUUUUGCGUGGCUUGAGAAUUGCCGCUCGCCUUGGCUUUCAGUUUUCCAGCGAAACUUCUACUGCAAUAAGGGAUCUUUCUUCAUCCAUCAUAAAUAUCGACAAGUCAAGGUUGGCAAUGGAAAUGAAAUAUAUGCUAUCACAUGGGGCAGCAGAGUCUUCCAUUAGAUUACUUGGAAAAUAUGGACUUCUUGAUAUUUUGCUGCCUUUACAGGCAGCAUAUUUGUCACAUCAGAUAAAGGGUCAAUCAAGUGACAGAAAUCUGAUGCUCAUGAAACUAUUGGCUAAUCUUGAUAAAUUAACGUCUGCUGACCGGCCAUGCCACUGCUCUUUGUGGCUAGCACUGUUGGCAUUUCACAGUGCACUGGUAAAUUCUCCACAAGAUGCCCAGGUAAUCAAGGCUUUUGCUUCAUUAAUGUAUUUUGGAACAUGGGACAGCACCAUCAAGUUCCUGAAACAAGAUACUGGAGCACCGGUUACAUUUGUUCCAGAAGCUCUGCAGCCGUCUGGGACCAAACUGAAUAAUCUUAUGGAAAAAACAUCGCAUCUAGCAUCACUAGUCAAUUGUUCAGUUGAUACAUUGACAUGUUUAGAUGCUCUCCAGCAAUCACUAGCCAGAUAUCCAAAGGCUUCACAAUUUUCAGGAUUGGUUUUUGUAUCGAACAAGGAGAGGAGCAGAAUUUUGGGAAUAUUCAAGGGCCUUGAUUCUGAUUUGAGUUUGUAUGAUGGGAGAAGAGGGAUGCAUGGAAUCAACUAUAAGUUGCUGGAUGAUGGGCAUACUGGUGAGGUCAGAUUUGUUCUCGGAAAAGUGAUCAUGGACACUAUGAGUGAUGAAUCACUGUGUGCAUCCACUGAUGAUGAUGCCUUUGCAAGAAAGCCAGUGGUGGAUCUUGCUGGUGGAGGCAAGCAUCCACUGUCCGAUAGUGGCGAAUCAUAAUGAAACAGCUACUGUCCCAUCAAUGCCACUAAAAACAACUAAGUUCUCACAUAUCGCUGGUGCGAAGUUCAGGAUGGCCAAUACAAACGCGAUGGCAUAAUUCUGUCUUGGCUGAAACUACCUGGGGAGGAUGCCCUCCUCCUGCUUGCAUAGAAGAUUGAGCCUAGGCUUUACACAAGAAAGAUGUAAGGUUAUCUUUUCACUUUGUCUGUUUAUUACCCGUGUCAGUGACCAAGAUUAGGAGUGCACUGUCCGCACUUAGCAUAUGUGGUCGCAUUUACAACGGAUCAGUAAGAAAGUGAGUUGAGAUUAGGUAAAACGAAACCCGUGAUUAAUUAAUUCUUUUGUUAGCUACUCCGUAUCUUUUUUGUUUGCUAUCUUUGUUCGAAGGAUAAGUUGUUCUUCCUGUCUUUAUAUAUGGGUAAAUGCUAGUACAUCGGUAAA